GCGUACGGCCGAAACCCAAAUUAUCGUACGUGUACAACAAUUAUCGUACGCCUGGCAACACUGUAAUGCAAUGACAAUGAGGGCAAAAUGUCAUACAACGCGGUUUUUUGUUUUAUGGGUGCGUUCCUAAUGUGUAAAACAUUUGAAGAUAAAUAACAACAAAAAAUAAAAUGAUCUGGGGGCACGGCCGUGCCCCCGCCAAGACGAGACAAAGGGCAAAAGGCAGUGCAUAUCUUUUCUCGAUAUAGUCUGUUCGGAAAGAGAAGAGUUGUGGAAUGUAUUGGGCCCAAUACAUUCCACGACUCUUCUCUUUCUGCACAGACUUCUAUAAUGUGAGCAAUAAAAGGAUGUAGCUAUCUGUUAGAAUGUAAGGUAUAAUAUUUAUUAUUGUUUUAUUUUCACUAUGGUUAUAUCCCUGUUGGUUGUUAUGAUAAACAGAACGGUAAUGAUAGAAUAAGUACUAACUACCCUCAAAAAUAUUUACACAAAAAUCUCUUACCACGGAUUUACAUUUCAAAUCGUGGCUAGGCUUGCAGCUCGUCUCGUGUCUUGGCCACAGCUCGUAAGCUCCUUGGGCUAAACACAAGUUGUCACUAAAUAAGGAGUCUGUAAAUUACAACGAUCAUGAAAGAGUACAAACAACAGCUAGAGGGUGAGGCUGGGCAGGCAAACGGCAAAUCCCCGACCAAAAGUCUUGACGGGGUAGUUAUCGAAAUCCCAAGCUCAAGUCCACCACUUGAUGAUGAUAUCCACGAUCUUACCCAAAUUGAGGGUCAGUUACUUACCCAGAAUUCAAUGCCGCAAGAUGCACAGCCCGCUGGUCCAGUAAAAGAUAAAAGUGUAGUGAAAAAAGGACAAAUGACUAGCAAAUACAAAUCCAAAGAAGAUAAGAAGAAAGCUCGGGUAGCAAGAAGGAAAGCGAAUAAGGCUGCGUAUUGUUUCAAGCAUGGUAAAAAAGUGACAGUACUGGAGGAGAAAAAAGAUAUUGAAAGCAAGAGCGCGGAAGUUGCUAUAGAUCAGGCUCCAAAGAAGCCGAACCAAAGCACAGAUGGUCGUCGUAACUCUAUACGAAAAUGUCGACAUCUUGCCGUGGCCAUACGGCGGGACGACCGAGUCCCGAUAGAUAAGGAAUUAGCAAGGCUCAUACGUAAAAGGCUUACAGAUCUUAUAGGCGAAGAAGUUCAACGCAUCAUAAAAACCAAGAGUAGCGGAAGAGUAAUCAAAUUUCACAAGUCAGGACUGAUUCCAGCAGGUUUCUUCUUAGUAACACCUGCAACUGAAGAAGCUAGGGACUGGCUGCUAAGCCGAGAUUUUGGUCUGCUGGAAGGGAUAAAAGUAGUGGCAAAGAAGCUAGAAGGCAAAAAAAGCAGGCUAAGUCUAGUGUUCAAAAGGAAUUAGCGCUAACGCCUUUUCAGAAUACUGAAAGCCCUGAUUGCAAUCGUUAAAGUUAUUCGUAAUUAUCAAUUAUCUGUUAUUAAGUUCAUCAAAACUUUAACUUGGCAAAUCGUAUUAUCGUAUAGAAUUAGGAAGAUAAACCCACACGGUGUGGUGUAACAAGUAGUAAGUAAAAAAGAUCGAGAGGCUAAUUGCAACACAAUAGAAAGUACUACCAGCCACUAUUAUAUACUUACACACAA